AUGCCGAACGCGACCGCCGAAACUAGUGUGGUCGCGACUAGAGUCGAGCGGCGGCCAUGCAAGGAAUGCGCAUCCCUCAAUCUCAGCAUCGAGAAGUUCGUAAUCGAGGAUGACAAAGCAGCAGAAAUUCGCCCGUCGCUCGAUUCCCUGAGGCUGGCUAACGAGCGGUUCCGUCUGGGGACUCUUGACAGCAUCAAAACAAGAGCGGACGACGCGUUGCUCAAGGCUUUCGAAUCCUAUUUGGUCUUAGCCGCACCACUGAAGUACGCAAACUCCGAUCUCGACUACCCCAAGCAGUUGAAUCGAGAGACGCAAUUUCUUGGCCGCCGCUUCGGCGCAACGGAGAACAAAAAGAACCUUAUUCGUGAGUUCCUAAGGCUGUGCGAGACCAACCACGAUCGUCGGUGUACUCAGAAGAUUGGGAUCGAGAACCCUUUUCUUGAAACGUUGAUGGAGCCGUACUUCGGUGUCAUCGAUAUCGAAAACGACCGUCUCGUUCCGUUGCCGUUCGAAGAGACGGAUGAACGACUCCAGUUCGAAGCGUAUGCGGCUGUAAGUUAUGUCUGGGGAGACACUGGUGAAAUGGAUUACCGAACGAAGAUUAGCAACAUACAAAGUCGGCGGAAAUCUGGUGGCUUAGCUGCUACUAUCCGGAAGCUGCCAAAAGCACUUGCACAGAGUAUCCGACUGGUGCACGACUUGGGAAUCAGGUAUGUCUGGAUCGAUGCGCUGUGCAUCGUGCAGGAUAGCAGUCAUUCAUGGAAUCUGAACUCGCGAGCUAUGCAUCUCGUAUACGGUAACGCUACGCUGACGAUCUGCGCCGCGGAUGGUGAAUCGCAGACUGGUCUACUAGCCCUUGACGAGGAUCAGCGGCCAAAACAGCAGAUUGGAGUUUAUGCUGAGGACGUGCAUUUGAUCUUGCACCAGCCACCUGAAAUUAGCAUCAAAACAUCGAAGUGGAAUUCGCGCGCUUGGACGUUCCAAGAACGUCUGCUCUCCAAACGGUGCUUGAUCUUCACCAGAGGACAGAUUUACUUUCAGUGCCGCUCCACGGGCAUGUCGGAAGACAUCUUCGCGGAUGGAAAAGGUCGAGGGUGGUCGCUAGACUUGGUGCAAGCUCCACUUCAGAUGCUCACGGAGCUCAAACAACGCAGCAUGUGGUUCUAUGCCCAUUGCGUAUAUCUCUAUACAUUGCGAGAGCUUUACGAACCGCUCGAUAUCCUAGCAGCGUUCAGUGGAAUGUGUAAGCUGAUGGAGAGCACUAUGCAGGCGCCUUUUGCGUUCGGCCUACCAACGUCGCACUUCGACCUCGCCCUUCUGUGGGAGCCGGUUGACUUGUUGACCCCUCUGGACUACGACAGGGUCUCGAAGGAACCAAAGUACAAAGACAUCAAGUUCCCUAGUUGGUCGUGGUGUGGGUGGAAGAGUAAUGGCAUCCAAUACAAACUGCAGAUGGUCGACGGUUGUCUCUCUGACGUUCAUGCUUGGCUGCUAGACCAUACAUGGAUCGACUGGCAUAUUAGAGACGGCCAUGGGACGCUUCGUCGCCUUUGGGAUCGGGAAUGCGCGAUCAGAGAUCAGAGUACUGAUGAGAAAUGGACGGGUUACAACGCCUCAGUAAGACAAGCGGGGGAGUCAUCCAUCCCCCAGGCCAAUACCAGCGACGAUGAUAGUGACACAGAUUCGACUCCAGAAGAAGAAGGUCGCACGAGCAAACCUCCACGACGAGCUUCUGAAGGCAGCAUGAAUCGUCAGAGGAAGAACAGCUUUGGUAGGAAAGAUCUGAAGCGCAUGAGGAAGUUUAGCAGACAGAUCCUGGACGGAGUAGCCAAUCGCGAAGCCCAGGACAGUUACGGUCGGCCGCUGAGGGGAGGUCCGCUGGAUGCGAUACAGUACAGAAAACAGCUGGAGUUCAAUCUCACGCUACCCGAAGAUCCGUAUCACGUCAGAAUAACAGCGUCCAGUCAAUCCGCCGGGGAUCUCAAAGAGUUUCCCGAUCAGCCGUUUCUACAAUUCUAUACUUGGCGAACCUCUUUCCACAUCGUGCGCUCGAACGAGUCGAACGUCGAAGGAGACGAUGUUGGAGUAACGAGGGCUCGAUGCCAUAUCACAGACCGGCGUGGCGACAAAUGCGGGUCCAUCGUUGUCAACAAGGAUUGGUUGGAAAAGUACGAAGCCAUUGGCCAGACUACCUUCGAGUUCAUUGCCAUUUCGGACGCCAAGUCGUUCAGUCAACAGGAAUUUCCGGUCUGGACGUAUUAUUUGCCAAAGGAGAGAGUUGAUUCGGAGUGGGACCUAUACUUUGUGCUCUUGGUAGAGCCAUUUCCCGAUGAAGGUAUCCAUCGUCGUGUAGCUCUUGGUAAAGUCUUCAAAGCGGCAUUCACACUCUCAGACGAUGAGUGGAAAGAGAUCAUUCUGGGUUAG